AUGAUUGAGGUGGCGACGCUGGCGGCGGGGGAUUUCUGCGGGGAGCUGGAGUUGCUCGGCUACGAUCCGAAUGAGCGGCCGGGGGAGGGGGUGGUGUGGGGAGAGGCGUACUGGAGGGAGGCCCUGUUAAAGCAAUAUUCCGCCCGGGUCGACCCGGCGAUGACGCUGAUGAGUCUCUGCUCGGGCACCACCGCGAAGUUCGCCCCGAAAGGGAUAGAAACUCCCGUCAAGGCCAAAACAGCGGACAAGCUGACGGAAACGGAUAGAAAAGAGGAGGAUCGCUGUGACAACACCCUCUUCAGUGCUGACACACCUCUUCCCCCCAUCCCUUCUUCGCUUGCAGCAGCCAGCGUGGUCGAUGAAGAGGGAGAUGAUAAUAAAGAAGACCAUCAGCAAAAUGAACGAUCGGAUAAAAAGAAUUCCGUACUUCGAACGACCCUUGCCCAGUUCCCCCGCACGCGAAUCGCGACCGUACGCGCUAAAACCUCAGCGAUCGUUUACCGCCUGGGUUACGACGACUGCCGGGCGUUAUUCAGCGAUAAAAUCAUCACGCGGCUUCGAGAGUACGUACGAGGAUACCCCUCCAAUGACGACCUCAGUGUUGUUCAUGAGGCACAGAAUAAAUGGCGGAAAUAUCGCACGAAGAUUGUUGAUGAAAUCAUGUGCGAAUCCCGUCAAUCGAGAUGGUAA